AUGUGUUUAUGUAAUCUUUGGCAGAUCUCUUUUUCUGCAAAAGAGAUUGAUGUUGCAGAAUGGAAAGGAGAUAUAAUUGCUGUUGGGGUUACAGAGAAAGAUAUGGCCAAGGAUGGUAGCAAGAAGUUUGAGAAUUCUCUUUCGAAAAACUUAGAUGCUAAGCUGGUUGGUCACUUAAGUGAAGCCUCCUCUGAGGAGGAUUUCACAGGAAAACCUGGCCAGUCAUUGGUUCUUAGACUUCCAGGUCUUGGUUCCAAAAGAAUCGACUUGAUUGGCCUUGGACAGUCCGCAACAAACACAUAUACGUUUCGCAAUUUUGGUGAGGCCAUUGCAGCUACAGCAAAGACUGCUCAGGCCAGUAAAUUGGCAUUACACUUGCCUCGACUGGAAGUGUCUCAAAUGAAUCAAAGCUUAGUACUGCUUCGGCAAUGGCAUCUGGUACUUAUGUUAGGAAUUGAUGGCAUUGUGACUAUUGAUUGUGUUUAA